AUGCUGUACACAGAAUCUUUUAUUUUAAUCACGUACCAGAAAAUCGAAUCGGGCGCACCGGACUCAGGCGCGAAUGAAGAUGAUGAAUUAUCCAAAGAUAUUGCGGCAGGUACAGAUUCAGAUGAAUUAAGUAGUGAAGAUGACAUCAUACUGCAAGAGUUAACCAAUUCGAUGAGAAGGCAACCUUACCUAAAAGUUAUGGAAGUGCCGAGAGUACUGUAUGGAAAAAGAAAACAUAAUGACAUAAAUGGAGAGGCGUCCUACCAACUCGGCGUAGACUGCCGCAACGCAACAUCAUUACCAAUCGAGCCAAAAACAGGUUCUCACUAA